GAUGGUUGUCGGUGCCUUUCCAAUUGCAAAGCUGCUCUAUCUGGGCGUACGACAAUUGAGCAAACCAGUGGCUAACAGGAUAAAAGCAGGCGCGCGGAGAAGUGAAUUUUUUAAGAAUUACAUCUGCCUUCCUCCGGCUCAAGCAUACCACUGGAUCGAGAUGAGAACAAAGAUGAGAAUUAUGGGUUUCCGUGGCUCCACCAUCAAACCUCUGAAUGAAGAGGCAGCUGCAGAGCUUGGAGCAGAGCUGCUCGGUGAAGCUAUCAUUUUCAUCAUCGGCGGAGGUUGUAUGGUGCUUGAGUACAGCCGUCAGGCCGCCAACUCCAGGCGCAAGGAAGAGGAGCUCGCACAAACCAUUAACAGUCUUCAGACACAACUAGGAGAGCUUGCACUAACCACAGAGACACUGGAUGCGCAGAUCAGAGAGGUUAAUAGACUUCUGUUGUCCCUCCCAGCAGCUCCAACUACCAAGUAACAAUAUGCAUCACUAAAUUACACCCUUUCUAAGAAGGGAAAAGAGACUGAUUUAUGAGAACAUAUCAGUAGUGGUGCAGCACUGCCAUAUAUACACACCAGUAUGCCAGUAUAACACUUCCUAUUUGUUAUUUGUUUGGUUGGAUCAUGCUGUUUUCAGUUGAAAGUUCUAGUUAUUUGAUGACUCUGUUAAACCAUUGCCAACGCCUGACCACUUACUAUUCUGCUCAUCAGUUUGGAUUUUAUUUCAUUACAGUUUCUUCAUAAAAUAAGCUGAUGGAGUUGGGCAAAUCUCAUUUAUUAAUGAUUUGAAAAUGCACUUGAAUUUCCGAUACUUGAAUUGAUAAAUUCCAUUAGUGAACAUGGAUGUGUCUUUCCCUCGAUAUAGGAAACAGAGAGCCGUCUCUGUGUCCUGCGAGAAAAUCCCCAUUACAUUAAAAAAACUGCUGUGUUUAAUAUGGCAUGUGUAUAUGGGUGUGUAAUUAUGAUUGUAAAAUAAAGUGAAAUAUUCUGA